AUGGAGAUACAGAUCCCAUAUUCCAUCAUCUUCUUCACCUUCUUCUGCUUCUUCUUUGUAAUUAACAAGCUAUCUUCUUCCAAGAAACCCACCAAAAACCUACCUCCAGGGCCAUGGAAAUUUCCUCUCAUCGGAAACCUCCAUCAACUUGCUUGCUCACUACCUCAUCGUUCUCUCACAAAUCUUGCAAACAGGUAUGGGCCCUUCAUGCACCUUCAACUUGGACAGGGCGUUUUCUUUGCUGGAACUGAAACAGAGGCAACUACAACAGAUUGGGCAAUGUCAGAAUUGCUCAAAAACCCGAAGGCUAUGAAAGAGGCACAAGAAGAGGUAAGAAGAGUCUAUGGAGACAAAGAAUAUGCAGAUGAAUCAGAACUACACCAAUUAAAAUAUGUGAGUGCUGUCGUCAAAGAAACCUUAAGGCUCCAUUUACCAGUGGCAUUGUUGGUUCCAAGAGAGAAUAGUAAGAGUUGUGAAAUCAAUGGAUAUGUGAUACCUCCCAAGACAAAAAUUAUCAUUAACGGUUGGGCCGUUGCAAGAGAUCCCAAGAAUUGGAAUGAUCCAGAGAUGUUUGAACCAAUGAGAUUUCUUGAUACAAUGGUUGAUUACAACUUCAAAGGUUCACAUUUUGAGUAUAUUCCAUUUGGUGCUGGAAGAAGAUGUCAUGAAUCUAACAAAUAUUGGUGGGACCCAAGGAAGACACGUGGCUUGUGA